CAUCGAUAUUGUGACUUCAGACGUUGUUCUACCUUGUUGAUUGAUAUCCCUACGUGUCUUUCCCUAACAAGGACCCUGAUAUACCAAGCAAUUCCCCUCCCACUCACUCCCCCGCCCUAACAAAACUCUCGCUCCGCAGGAUGCAUCCACAUGGUUAGCUCGAUACCUACAGUACUUGGUCCUGGUACGACUACGGCGCUCAUACCCUGAUCAGCGUGGAAGCCUCUCCCAUGGAUGCAACAAUCUGUUGUUGUGCCCAGCUGCCUCGAUCAAAAAGUUUAGAUGAGUAGGACAGAGCCCUUCUUCACUCAUCUAAGGUAUCCUUCCCCCACGCCCGCAUAGACCGGCCUGAUGGGGCCAAUGGAACAUGGAUGCACCCCAAACCCGGAUAGGCAGCUCCAGGUCUUGUUGCAGGGUUGCCACACAUCCAGUGCCUUAUCCAGUCUCAACUUCGCGAUCCUAACAUUUGACGGAGAUGCCAAUUGAACAAGAUAAACAACAUUCCAUAUGGAUUUCCUUCCAUAGCGGAUCACUGAUCACCUUGGGUACUAACCUGCGGUGGACCCAAUUGUUUGGAUCCGUGUCCCCCUAGUGCGCUGACAGAUACGGGUAGUGGAAACUUGUCAUCCUGCCCUGCGCUUCAGUGGAGUCCAGGGAGGGAACGACAUACCUCAGGUACUCAUUCAUUUCACAGGAGCCGGCUCCUUCAGCUCAUAAGAACAACUCAAUUCGAGGCUCCCUCGACAAAUUCAAGUAUCCAUACAUUCUACGCCAUCUCUAUCCAGUUUCUCCAGCCUAUUGUUUGUUCUCUACACUCCAGCUUCUGUUCCCCGUGGGGAAUUUGCUUCAGGCCGGCCAUCAAUUACCUGAAGCACCCCGACAAACAGACAAAGCCAACUGUUUACCAGCUCGACUCGCCACAUGACUACGAGCUCUUGAGACAAUACUUUCCGCUGUUAUGGUAUCCGCAAUACCAUAUUGCUUCUCGACGACCAACUCAUCAUAGCUCCACUGCUCCAGGCCAGCGAAUCCGACGUGGGGCAGUAGUUGGGUCCUGGUUGUGAACAUAUCCUCGAGUCCUUGUCCACCAAACUUCCACUUUUCCAAGCACUCGGAUCGACAAUUGUUCACUUGGCUUGUUGGGACUUGAGCACAGGCAAACUCCGAGCAUCUUCCUGGUCGAAGAUCCUGAUCGCGUCUCGAAACACCCGCAACCACAUUUAAACCAGUCCACGUCACAAACCCCCGAAAUAGACCCUGAUGCAUUCAUAAUCUCGACUCAUUUCCUCGAGCACACGACACACGCUUUGCAGGUCUACAUCCUCCUCCCGACCAAUAUGUCGCUCGAUGUCGCUAUACAAUCAGUAGCAUUCUAUAUCCUCUCCUGCAGCACUUGUGCCAAGAUUAGCCAUCGGCGGAAAGCGAAGAUACAAGCAAAGCGGGAGCGAGCUGAGAAGCAUGCAUUGGAAACGGAGCAACCUGGGCUGUACAGGCACCCUUCGCCCUUCUCCACGAAUCCAUACUGGACCGAGGAGAUCAUGAUGGGACCAGGUCCACCGCCGAAGAAGGGUGGGAGCAAGAAUGCAAGUCAACGAGCUCUCAAUACCGCAGGGCAAGGGAGCAGUUAUGCUGGUAGCACUGCAAUGAGUUCGGAAACUCCUAGUAGUCCAACAGCCGUUACGGAAGGCUCCCGGAUCUCUGGAGAGGGCUGGAACAGGAAACGAUACCAGCGGGAGGAUGAAGCGCUGUGGGGCCAUGAUAUUCCAGGGCCCGGCCAGAGGAUUAUGGAUGCCAUUGCCAAAGCAGGAUCAUCAGCUGGUCGAUUAUUGGAAGGACGUUUGAGCAAGAGCGGAAGCGGUCCUUUGCGAGAAGAGGAGAGUCCAACUCCAUAUUAUUUAGCGAGGAAUCCGCCAGUCAACGACCUACAUCCUCCUGUAGUCAGUACAGCACCUGCCAGUAGAGACGAAACGAGGUGGAUGCUCCAGCCUCCACCACCAGCGAAAGUUAUGGAAGGAAAGGAGAGGGUUAACAGAAAUCGUGCGGGCAGCAACGGUAGUAGUCGGAGAGGAAAUGAUGGAACUCCACUUAGUCGCCAGGUGACAGAAAGAUUGGUAGAUGCGAAACUACAACGUGGUGAAACACCAUAUGAGGAAGUACGGGCGAGGACCGAGGCAAAAUCAAAGCCACAGCCUCCUACGGCGCAACUGCCCAGAAGGACGAGGAGUGGCUCUAUCGAAUCAUCCGAUUCGUCAGACACGGUGUUGAGAAGGAAGCAAAGGCCUCCCCCAAUUUCAGUAUCCUCUUCAAAGAGAAGCUCUAGGGAUAUUGUCGAACACAUUCCUAUUCCUGCAAGCCCACAUACUGGGUCAAACAUUGAGUUGGACGAGAAGUCCCGGCCUGCUCUAACGACAAUACUAAGCUCGUCCAACAACGUCCCCCAAGUAAAACAGCAGGACGAUGUUCUUCCUUUCCGGGAACUCUCGGUACCAUCAGAGAGUGCGCUGAACUCCCGAGCUCCAUCGCCCUCGCAGCGACUUUCGCCACAGGCCAAUGCUAUGCCAGUUUCACUUCCAAAGAUCGAACCAAAAAUCGCUAGUGGCUCUAGUGGCGUCCGGCUUCCGAAGCCUGCUACAGUGGAGGACGAACCUGAAAAUCAACUUCCCACAAGAUAGGGAAAACCUUACCAACUAUCCUUUAUCUCGUUUCCCUUUUAGCCAUUUCUGAAGUCUUUUUCUAGCGUUUGGGUUACGGCUUAUGGGUUCUUGGGGUGCUGGACAGGCACUGGCGCUGGUGUUCUUGGGUAUUUGAUCUUGCGAUUGCAGACUUUAUGGGUUGGGUUGCAUUGGGCUAUGCAUGUAUGCCCAGAAUUCUGAAUCACAGAAGAGUCAAGUUGGAGAUGAGCAAGAAUAAACAGAAAGAAGUCCAGCAAGAAACUGCAUCAAGUUUAAAGACAAAUCAUU